AUGCGUUUCUUGGCCUCCAAGGCGAGCAACGACGACGAUUGGCGUAUCAUCAAAUUCAAGGAGAGCAAGAUGAUAUUGGGCGAAGGUGACACAUGGCACACACUAGAGACUCUCGAGGAAUUCUUCGUCAAGCGGCUCAAUGUCAAAAAAGCGAGUCCCAGCCUACUCAUCAACGAGGUUAAGCGGAUGGCGGAAACAACUUCACCGCGCGUUCAUGACAUCCGCACUCGCCUCAUUGAAAUAGGCAUGAUGUUAGCACGAACGUCCAUCGAUGACAGUGUGUCAAAAGCUUUGAUGAGCCUCAAAGAUACGAAGUUUUUACCGAAGAAGAUGAAUGACGGCGUCUUGGUGCUUGUUGGCAAAACGGAUGACUUUGCUAUCGCGGACCAUCGCCGAUACUGCGAUGCGCUAGCUGAUCAAGACGUCUUGCUAGACUUCGAUGUACACGAAGUACAAAUCUUGCAUGUUGUGUUCGAAUACAUGGGUCUGACUAAACGCUACCUUUCCGCGAUGGUCAGAGAGGUGUCAAUGGUAGGCGAAACACUACUUAAGGACGAACAGCUUUCCCAGCAGCUACAUGCUAAAGCUUAUGCAUUAUAUUGCCUUCUGGAUCUCGAGAAUGUUCUGAUUGAGCAAGAUAUUUCAUCAGUGGAAUGGAUCGAGCGGCCAGUCAUUUUCAUUCCCGAUGUCGCUGUUGAACAAAGACCGAGUACCCCAGCCUCAACAAUUGCCGAAAGCGAGGCAGCAACUCUGGUGAACAUUGGUGUUGGUCCCAUCACGCCAGAAGCAACGCCAAUACGUUACCGUCGCUCGGUGUCCAGGUUAGAUCCGGAAGACUUUAUUGAGACAGCACCACCGGAGCAAUAUCCUGAUCUGAUUGAGCAGGUUGUUGGAAGCGCUCGUCAAGCGGGUCACAGAUAUCGCAAUAUCGAAGCAGAUGACAUUUAUGAGCCAAUACUCCGCAGUCAAAAUCGCGAGUUUGAUCACUCAGCUACUUUUGGCGUCCGUAGCGGAAAUGGCUUCAUCCAUGAUCGUCGCAUCGGCGCGGCUGGUGAAGCAUAUGUUUUCGAGCUUCUCACCAUCCUCAACAUUCCCAACUUCACUGAAGCGAACUGGCGCAGCACCAUCCGCGGCGAACUAUCCCGGUCUACGCGCUUCGCAGAUAUGACAAACUGGACAGGACAAGAGACCGCAGAUAUAGUCUACAAAGACACCUCAGGCGAGCUUACUCAAUACCUGCGAGAUCAUUCUGAGGGUGAUUUUCCACCUCAGAUCCGCGAAGACCAUAGCUUUGAUGAGUGCCCCAUUGAGUACUACCUCGAAGUCAAGAGCACAACGGGGCCUUGUGGCACUCGAUUUUACAUGAGUGGGGGGCAGUAUAAACGGAUGGAGACGAUGAAAUUGGGUCAAUUGCGGCAACCUUCAAAAGUAUAUGUUCUGAUGCGCGUCUUUGACCUAAUGACUGCGGAGGUCGACAUGAAGAUCUUCGUAGAUCCGUUGGGACAACCUGGAAUGAAGCUAGAGUUCGAAGUAGAGAAGUGGUUUGUCACGACGAAGUAG